GAUUUUACAUGUUAUCGAACUAUAAUACUCAAUCUAAAUCUUUUAAAACAUUGGAUUUGAUACGUAUAAGAGGUAUACCUUCAUAUCUAAUCCUAAUGGUGAUCUAUGUGUUAUGUGCAGGAUUUUGAAUUUACAAAAGCUAUUUUAAAGAAGGUAAACAAAACGGUUGUAAAUAAUGAAUCAGUUACAAUCAAUCAACAACGACAAUGUCAGGGGACGAUUCAUUCAUCAAGAAUGUCACAAUAACACGUUCUGAUGCUGCAAAUUCUCAGAAUAGGCCACUUCAGGUUUCUCAGAAUCAACAAUUCGCAAUUAACACUACAACUCAUUUGACUAUCUUUGAGCCAAAGUUACCAUCACUUAAUCAGGGUAUUACAGCCAUAAAAAAUGUUAGAAUACUAAAUCCAAAGGAUUUGUUUCAAAUAGUUAAUAUUUUGACAUCAGAGUUAAAAGAAUUUUUGCCCAUUAAGAAUUUUUCAGUAUUAACCUUUGAUAAUCUUGACGAGCCAUUUACUUUGGCAAAUAUUGAUGAUCCAAUAGUCAUACAACAUCAAUGGUCCCCCAAUAGCUGUAAUACUAGAGAUAACUACUUGGGGGUGCUAUUCAAUACAGGUGAAAUGUUAAUUUUACAGCGUCAAACUCUGAAUGUUGAUAAAUACAUGGUGAAAUUUAAUCUUUUCGAAAGAUUGGUUGAUCAGUUUAAUUUGGGAGUUGAUAAUGAUAAGAACUACGUUAUUCCAUCGUCUGAUAUCUUUUUAUCGUUGAAAAUAAAGACCUUUGCCUUCUCUGAGAUUGAUUCUACUUUGUGGUUAAGUCUUAUCAAUGCUAAUGGUGACAUAUAUUUGUAUGCAGAGGAAAAUGAUUCGCUUGAGCUUAAAUAUGAGAUUCAUAGUGGAUUGGAUUUGGUUAAACAGGAUUGGUCAAAUUGGAAAGUGGAAGGAGAUAAAUUGCGUUCAAGUCAUCUAUCUGUAAUAGCAUCCGAUAAUAGUGUUUAUUAUUACGAUUUUGAAUACGAUUCUGAUUCGAAGAAGAUAAAAUCUUCAGAUGUGAAAAACGUAUCUGGUACAACCAGAUUUAAGAAUUCUCAAAACAAAUGGCUUGAAUCAUCUAAUAGGUUGUAUUUACUUAAUGCAUUUACAGGAUAUAUUCAAGUCACUGAUAUCAAAACUUCGACUACUAUAAAGCAGAAACUAGAAAGUGCGUCCACUGUAUCUGGUAUAGUGAGUCAUAUUUAUAGUGGUAGCAUCAGAAUAAUCAUAUCAUACGAAUUAGGUUCUUUUGAAUCUUUUGACUUUGGUUUGCUAACGUCACAAAUUUCAAAAGUACUGGUAGAUAAGGCAAUUACUACUUAUGUGGGAAAAAGCUUACAAUCAUUCCAAUUAUUUAAUGCUUCUGCUGAAGACACUGGUAAUGAUGACACUGCUGCUGUUAAAAAAGAAGAUGAUUCAGUGGCUAAUAAAAACCCAAACGAUACAUUCAGGCUUUAUUUGGAUCCUAAUAUUGAAGGACAAUUUGUAAUAUACGGUAUGGAAACUAUAGGUGAGGGGGUCUUGGCACUAUUGUAUAAAAUAAUUCCCAAGAAUGUAUUAUAUUACCAAACUGAAUCUCAGGGGGAAGUUGAAGUUGCAUUCAUAAAGCUUGAAGACUAUCAAGCUAGUUCAGUAAGCUUAUUGACGUCAAGAACUCCUUUGAGCUAUAUCAUAGAGUUAUGGAUUAGCAAAUAUAAUGAUAUUCCAUUAUUGAUUACUCCUAGAACAGGAGCUGAAAUUGACUCAAUGGAAGCUAAGAUUGCAAGUAUUCACAAGUACAUACAGGAUAUUAAAGAUUUCAAACAGAAUAACUUUCUUGAUAUUACAUAUGAAAGUAAAUAUGAAGGGCCACUCCAAGGUAAUAUUGAAUUGGACUUACCACUGAAUUUAUUAAAGUAUUUCAAUAAUAAUGAAGAUAUGUUUAAACAUCAGCUACUUCUAAAUUUCGAUAGAAUUAUCCAUAACUCAUUGAUCACAAUAGAAGCUAUUGAUGAGACUUUAGAGAAGUAUAUAAAUACAAUUGUCCGUGAAAUAGAUCAAAUUGAAACAAGAAUGAAGCUCCAUUUACUGAAAAUUGUGCUUGAGUUCUUGGAUUCCACUGCUGUUCGACAAUUUACUGAAGCUGAAAAGUUUUUCAUAUUACAACAUCAUUAUCAUCUAAGUUGGGAAGUACAUAAUGACGUUCUAAAGAAGAAAAAUAUUGAUGAAGCAAAGAUUACAAUAAAGACAAAAUUCUUUGAAGAAACGUUUGAACUUAAUGGAAUGGAUACGUAUGACCAAACUUUUCCAAAGCUCAUUACAUCUAGUACUAACCAUGAAUGGUCUAUAUGUCAAUUAACUGGAUUUCCUUUAUUACAAUUGAAUAAUCGAAGAGAUGAAUUAGGACAAAUUAACUACAUAUUGAAUAAUUUCAGUAAAGACGAUAUAAUCAUCAAUGAUGUAUUAACAACUAUACAAUUUUGUUAUAUAACGGGAAAUAGAACUUUUAAACUACAAUGAAGAUGCUGUUAUUUAUGAAUGGAUCAUCCUUCCAGAAACUACUACUAAUAGAUUUAUCCCAUACUAGUUGAGUUGAUGACCAUCUGAUUAAUUUUGAUGUUGAUGAAGGAGGAGAAUCAGUUAUUUUGGUUAAUAAAUAAGCCAUAUUUAAUUGAGCUAAAACAUACCAUACGAUAAUGAAUUGAGGAAAGUAUGACAUUAAUAAAUAGUUAACAAGACCAAACCCAAAUAAAACUCCUUGUCUUGAGUUUAACCAUUGUUCUUUUUCAAUAGAUGAAUAAUUAAAUCUUUGGAAAUAAGGAUUCAAUAAAUCUAUAGUUAAGUUUGAAGUUGAAUAAAAUGUAGUUAAUACUACAAAAGUGUAAUCUAAAGGAAAUAAAAAGUUUAAUGAUGCAGUUAAAAGAAUGGAAAAUAAUGUACCUAAUUUAU